AUGAAGUUUUUCGGGGCUUACUCCGGUAAUCGUGGUUCGGGUUGUUCUCUGGGCAAGUGGGGUGCGGUGGCUCGUGUGACGAUGCCUUUUUGCGUGAAUGGUGAGUGGGUGGACAUGAUAAAGGCCUUUGAGUGGCUUACCCCCGAAGAUUGCCCGCAAGGCGAGGCAAGCAACUUGCUGGUUACCAAGCUUCUGAAGGACGCUUUCAAGGCCAUGGAAAACUUGCCCGACCUGGAAAUCGGCUCGCAAAUAUUCCCAGCAACGCAGCGUGAGUUGACGGCUGAAGAGGUGCAGGUGCUGCGAGCAACGUAUCAAACAAACAAUGGUCUUCGCGGCUACUUACUUCGAAGUGUGGCGGAGUGCUUGUACACGGUCAAGGACGUUGCAACGAAGACGCGACCCCCGCAAGACCCCGAUUCCAUCAGAAAACGGUGCGAUGAAAGAUUUACGGAACUUUGCAUGCUGGAACGACCCGGACGUAUGCGGUUGAAACCGAGCGAAAGGUUCCAGCUUAUGCAUCAGGCCAUGUGUGAGGAGAACGAGGCGUCUCUUGGGCCGGCGGAUGAUUGGGUAGAGGAGUUCGACGCUUACCUCCACACACUACCCCCUGCUUGGAUUAAGUUUCGCACACGCCGAACCGAACUGGGCAUAGACCUUGAAGUGGGCAAGAUCGAAGAUAUUCAGUUCUUACCGUCCACGCUAGCCCUACUGCCAGCCGCGAAUUCUCAACACCUUCGUUCGUUCGGGGUCGUAUGCUGGAACCCCUGCUCCCCAAGAGAGUACGAUGCAGUGUGGCAAUCGGUCGCUAAGGAUAGCCUUUCAGAAAAGCUACCAAAAAAAAUCGUACCCCUCAUCUCCUUCGAUCCUCCUGGGCCAGGCUUCAGAACCUUGCCGGAGUUGAGCGACGAAGGGUAUUUCAAGAUCGCUGAUGUGGUGGUACAGGCUGACCACUAG